CAGCUGCUGGUACUUGGUAGUGCUGUCGACUGUCUGCUUAUACCCCGUGAUCGCAAUUGCCCUGUGGCCUUGUUGCUUUUGCCUUAUUGUGGCUAGGUACAUGCUUGAAGUUAGGGUACAGGGUACUGUUUUGAUUGCAAACAGCGAUAAUAUCAAUAUUCCGAUUUAUUUUUCUUCCGUGUAAUAAGUUUUAAUGUGUAACUAAUGUCUUGUAAUAAGUGUGUAAUUAUUGUGAAUUUAAUAGUUCCAUAAUAUUCGCUCUCCAAUAUUGAUAACUGGAAAAAAAAUUUAGAGACCGAGUCAUGUCUACUUUUAGCAAAGAUUGGUGGAUAAAGUUUUUCACUGAUGCUGGUAUUCCUUCAUUUGCAUCAUCUAAAUAUGCUUCUAUUUUCUAUGAAAAUAGAAUACAAUCUAAUAUGUUAAUGGAUCUAGACAAAGAUAUUCUUAAAGAAAUGGGAAUAACAGUUAUUGGUGAUAUAAUUGCAAUCCUCAAACAUGCAAAAGAUGUAUAUAGAGAGGGCUUUUAUGAUGGCUAUAAUUCUAAUAUAGCAGAAAGUUUAACAACUAAAAAAAUUCAGAAUGAAGCCAAUGAAAAUUUACCUCAAAAAAAGAAAAUAGUUACCAAUAAAGUAAAAAAGUUAGUUACAAAGAAAGUCAAAGUCUCUAGUGAAAGUGAAGAGGAUGAAGAAGCAUUAUUGAAAAUAGUGAAGAAAAAAAUUCCUUCUCAACUAUCCAACAAUUCAAUUAAAGUUGUCACUAGAAAAGUAGUUCCUAAGCCUAAAACUACAAUAAAAAAAACAGUUAUUAUAGAGAGUGAUGAUGAUUCUCCUCCACCAUCUGAAUUGAAAACUAAGAGCUCAGUUUUUGACCGUUUGGGUGUAGGCGAUGUAAGCAGUACAACUCCCAACUUUGAUAGUGUUAAUGCAUCUACAGACUCAAGAAAAUCAUCGGUGUUUAAACGUCUUGGAAUUAAGCAAGCUAGUGAACCUACGGCUAGUGCGACAUUUAAACGUACUAUUAAGGGAGCAACUAAUGAUGCAUAUUAUGGACCUAGUAUUCCAACAGAAGAAUCUAGUGCUUUUACAAAACGAAUAAAACUGGAAGAAACAAGUUUAAAUUCUUCAAAGUCUGUAUUUGAGCGUAUUGGGGCAUCAUGUGAUCGUGAAAAAAGUAGCCCAGGUCUAGUUUCUAAAAGUGCUCUUAUAAGAAAUGCCAACUCAGGUGGAAGACCGAUUUAUGUUAAUCCGAAGGUAUUAAAUGUUAAAAAGUUGAGUCUAUUAAACCAUUCACAUUUUAGAAGUAAAGAUUUAGAUUGAUACAUAAAUUGAAGAUUUAUCUUUCAAACUCAACAUUGUUUUAAAUAUAAUUUUUUUUUGUCAUCAACUCUAGCAAACAUAUAAUUUAUAAUUUUUUAAAUGCCUGAUAUUGGUUUGUUUAAUUUUUAAUCUUAUAAUGACUUAAGAUGUGUAUUAAUUAUUAUAAUUUCUAUUGAAUAAAAAAUAAGCAUACUAUAAUUAGUUAUAUAUUAUAUUUUUUUAUUUUUCCAAUCAAUAGCUUGUUUAAUUGACUAUUUUUUAUAGGGUCUUGAAUAUCAAAAUAAUGUAAACAAACCACUGAAUUAUUGUAAUAUAACUACUUAUAAUAUGAAAAUAACUAUGUUUAUUUUUUUGUUAAAUGAUUUGAAGAACUAACCAAUUUAAUUUAAUUUUCUUAUAAAAAUUUGUUUAAUAUUAUUAUUAAUUUUAUGUUUUAAUUUAGAGCCUGUUCUCACAUCAAAUAACAACUAUAUGUAUUAAUUGAAAUAAAAUUGUUCAAUAUAUUUUA